AUGGGUUGUUUCGCCAGCAAAAGCUCUGAGACGAAAGCGAGUAGAGUCUCGCGGUGGCGAUCCACUGGCAUUGUUGCUUUGCGCGAUUCCAAAUUGAAGACUUUUCCGGAUGAAAUUAUUGAUUUAGACAGAUCUGUACGCACUCUUGACUUAACGCAUAAUCGAAUAGCUGACAUUCCUUUGGAAAUUAGCAAAUUGAUUAAUAUGCAGCGCCUGGUAUUAGCGGACAACAUCAUUGAGAGAUUGCCAGUGAAUUUGGGGAAACUCCAGUCUCUCAAACUCAUGAACCUUGAUGGAAAUCGAAUUACUUCCUUGCCUGAUGAAUUGGGCCAGUUAGUAAGGCUUGAACGCUUGUCCAUCUCAGGGAAUUUGUUAACAUCCUUGCCGGCAACUAUUGGCAGUUUGAGAAACCUGUUGAUUUUAAAUGUCUCAAACAACAAGUUACAGUCCCUUCCAGAAUCUGUUGGGAGUUGCUUCUCUCUCGAAGAAUUACAAGCUGAUGAUAAUCUUAUUGAAGAUCUUCCUUCUUCAGUGUGCAAUCUCUCUCACUUGAAAUCCCUUUGCUUAGACAACAAUAAUGUGAAGCAGAUACCUCUGAAUCUAUUGAAAGAUUGCCACGCUCUUCAGAACAUAUCACUGCAUGGUAAUCCUAUAUCAAUGGACCAAUUUCAACAGAUGGAUGGGUUUCAAGAGUUUGAAGCAAGAAGAAAAAAGAAAUUUGACAAACAAAUUGAUUCAAAUGUAAUGAUUGGCUCCAAAGGUCUUGAUGAGGGUGUCGAUCUAUGA